AGUAUACUUUGAUUCCGGUUCCGGUCAGAAGAGGAAGUGUGUGUGUGUGUGUAAAGAAUUAAGAAAAAAGGAUUGUUGAAUUGACUGCACCAUAAUUAGGCAAUUUUGGUAAACAUUUUUGUUUCACCAGCAUUUCUGAAAAGAUUGCAUUAUGACACUAAAGCAAAAAAAUGGGGCAAUGUUUUGGAUUUUCUGCGUUUGUACCUUUGUAUCUUUUGCCCUGGAAUGUGAAGCUUUUAACGACACACAUAAUUUAGAUGGGGAAUUUAUGCAACAUAAAUGGAGUAUUCCAGUUCAUCUGCUUGCCGGUCUGCAAGCACACCGUGACAUCAUUGCGAAGGAAGGUUCAAGUGCUUUAAUAGAAUGUAAUCUUACUGGAAACCAUUAUGAUGACAUUCUGUGGUACAAUUCCAAAGGUCAUAUCCUGGAUGAAGAGAGAGGAGGAGGAAAAUGGUUGAUUUUGGACAAUGGUGUUCUGAAUAUCACUACGGUGACUUUUGAAGAUCGAGGCAGAUAUACUUGCAUAGCAUCCAGCUCUUCUACCUACUUUAACUACACCAUCACCCUACGUGUAGCCUACACACAUGGUGGUAUGGGUUUGUACUUUGUUAUUGUAUGCCUUGUAGCUUUCACUAUUACGAUGAUCCUUAACAUUACUCGUCUUUGCAUGAUCAGCAGUCAUUUGCGUAAAACUGAAAAAGCUAUUAAUGAGUUCUUUAGGACAGAAGGGGCAGAGAAGCUUCAGAAGGCCUUUGAGAUUGCCAAACGUAUCCCAAUAAUCACUUCGGCCAAAACUCUUGAACUGGCAAAAGUCACACAGUUCAAGACUAUGGAAUUUGCCAGACACAUCGAAGAUCUUGCAAGAAGCAUUCCACUACCGCCGCUUAUCUUAAACUGCAGAGCAUUUGUGGAGGAGAUCUUUGAGGCAGUCCGUCUGGAGGAUCCAGAUCAACCCCGAGAAUCUGAAGAAGAAAAAGUUGCUAUCAAAACUGCCCCCCAGGGAAUAUACACAAUUGAAUCUGAAAUGCACAGUAACUUCUCUCCAAGAGCUGAUUUAGAAAGUGAUGUCUUCAACAAAGAGGUUCAGGAAAUUGCAGUCGAAGUGUCAGUUCAUUCUUCUUCUUCUUCUAGAAACAAGGGCUUAGACACUGUUUCGAAUAGCAGUUCAGAAAAUGAAUGUAGCAGUUCUAAUCAGGUAGAUAGCAUUAUUUAUGAAAGUCACAUAUAGAAUAGACAGGUCAUAGUCGAGUUAAAGCAUGAAUCACACGUGUGUCCUUUACCUUUUUAAAGUGUAUAUAUUUUUUUUGCACACACUUUUUAUUUUGUAAGGGUCCACUCAUGGAUAUAAUGCUUUUCUCGGAUUAUUAUUUGUUGUGACUUUCCUUGAUGGAUGCCUUAAACAUCCUGGUUUACAAAGAUUUUUGUGUUUUUUUUCAAUACAUAAUACAAACUAGGAUAGUCCAGGAAUAAUUUUAUAACUUUUUAUAAAAUUAAGUUAAUUGCCUAAGAAUAGAAAGUCAGAUUUUGUAAAUGUUGAGCAACAUAGGUGUCUUUUUGUUUUUGUAUUGUUAUUUGGUUAGUUUUGUGAUGCAAAUGUAUGAAAGGCUUAAAGUUCAUUCUAAUUGAUUUUGGAUAUGUCUUACAUUCCCGCUAUUGUAAUGGCACCGAAUAUAUCUUUUGACUUUUUCUUACUUGAAAUAUGCUGCAGUUGUUACAGCAGUUUGAAUUAAAUUUUGUGUUGGUUUAUCAUCUGUAUUAAGAUUAUAAUAUUAUAUUAUCUGCUGCAUACUCAAAGCAGGCACAACCAUGUAGUUCACAGAUGCAUUCUAAACUAGCUCACGAAAUUAAUAUCCAUUGCGGACAACAAGUAUGGCGAAACAGUAUCUUCAAGUCGCUUGUGUGUUAUUGUUUCUAAUGGCUUACAAGUCUGUAUGUUCGUUUUGUAUUUGCAGAUGCAAAACAUUACAAUAAACAGAACAUUAUUUAAUAGGAAUGGGAAUUGCCUGGGAGAUUAACACUGUUUUAUCUGUUACAGUAGAAUGAUGUCAUGUUGUAUCUUAAGUAUUGCCAUUAGGUUCCGUAAUAUAUUGAAAUCUAUUAUUUAAUUUUGAUAGAAAUUAAAAUUGUGAUCAUAUCUCUUAUAAAAAUAUCAAAACUAUUACACUUGAGAUUUUUCAAGUAAGGAAUGUAGAAGUUUUGACGUAAGGUAGUGUACUUACUAAUAAUGGUGCCAGGGAGAAACGAUGAGUUGCAUGUUGAAUAGCACAUGCAAGCAAAGAUUUCACUGUACUCUGUUUACAUGACUAAUAAUACCCUAUAAAUUGUUCUUCAUUAUGUGUUUAAAAUGUACAAGGACCCUGGGCUCCUGACAUUUUCUAGAACAUUAAAAUACAGAGUUAAAUUCCUACAUUUAAACUGGCAACGUUCUUAUGAGUGUAUUAUGUAUGUUAUGGGAAACUGGACAGAAUAGGAAUGCCACAGAAAUGUGCCAGCUCCCAUUAAUGUAAGUAACUUGUAAUAAGUUUCACCGCAAAAAAAUUUCAACGCAGUGUUAAGCGUUCUAUCUCUCAUACAUACAGUGGUUAGAUGUGGCAGCUGUAUGUCAUUUUUAUUUUUUUGGCCUGUGUGUUAGUUGCUGACACGUAACAAAGACAUGGCAUGAAACUCUGCCGCCUCACGCUCUACAAGUCCUAGUUUCACAUAUGCACCCAGGCACUACCUGUGUUAAAUUUGCAUGUUUUCUUCAUGUCUGCAUGAGUUUUCUCCUGGCAUUCUUCCUGUUUUUGGAGGGCAUGCAUGUUAGGAUGAUUAUAACCUUUAAUAGCCCCAAUUAGAGCAUGCAUGGGUUUUCCCUACCAAUAGCUGGCUUGAGUCUUGCACUUUAUGUUGCAAGAAUAAGCUCUGGCCUCCCGUGACCUGGUACUAUAGUAAGCAUGUUUGAAAGGUGAAUAAAUAAGUGUGUCGUCAUCAUACGUACUUGUCACAAUUUAUUAUUGUUAAAGAGUGAAGUUUAAAGCUUAUGCAAGUAGCGAUGCCUUUAAAGUCCUCUGCAGUUUAGACUUGAAGUAGCAGUAGUUAUGUGCAGUAUAUUUAUUAAUAUGUUUUUAAAAAUCACCUACUUAAAAUGUACUGUGUUGAUGCCACUUCAUGAUAUUUGCGCUACAGACAACUUAAAUGUCCCUUCAGUUGGGCAAACAGCAGCAGCACUAAGGAACAACUGACCUCUAGUUCACUAAGCUCGGAGUCAGGAAAGAUUUGAAAAUAAUGUUACUAGAGGGAGUCGCACACAUUACAAACGGAUCCAUACAGCUGAUAAGAGUAAGCCAUUCAGAUCAUCCUACUGUAUCUCAUUCUUUCCUAUUUUCUUAAAUGAUUUCAAAGAGAGUAUAUUCAAGGUGUCCCUUUUUAAGAGCAUUAUUUGUUACAUAACUUAUUCCAUCUAUCAGUAUGAACAGAUUUUUCUUACUCUUUUUUUCCAAAAUAACCAUUAACCAACUUCUAUUUGUGCUCCAGUCACCAUAUUUUAAAACUAUUUAUAAAAACUGGAGGUAACUUCACCCAAUAUAGUCUUUGCGUGCUGUAUCUGUACACAAUUGUAUCAUAACACCCUGGGUCAUACCCUACUAAGUCUUUAUUGAAAAUUGUAUAAUGUUGUUAUUUAUUCAAUUUAAUAUGGAGAUCAUACUGCACAUCAUUUUCUGAACAUGACAUAAGUGAGCGGAGAACUUUAACUUUGUUAGAUUUAAUUUGUCAUAAAGUAUAUUAUCAUUUUGUCUAAGUACGACUGUUUUGUAAAUUCAUUUAAUCUCAAUAUAGGUUAUCAGAGAUUGACAUACUAUACAUUUCUGAGAGAUCAAUGGUCUAGGUGAGGGGUCCCACUGUGGCUACAGGUUUUUGUUCCAGCCAUCUUCUGUUUUUAAUUGAACUGCUGUUUCUCAGAUUCUGUCUUUUGGGAGCAAAAUAGAAAUUAGAAAACUAAGUUUGGUUAAAAAAAAUAUAUUAAAACGUACUAAGCAGUUAUAUGGGAAUAAUGUUGUUUUUUUUUCAAUAUUUCACCUUGAUUUUCAAUCUACUUUUUCCAGGUGUUUUAAUUGUUUCAUUCAUUAUUUGCUAAUUUGUGGGUCUGUCGCUAAAGUAGUUGCAGCAUUUCACAAUUCAGUGUUGUUUCCCUGGGUUUCUGCUCUGCAAUUAAGGGAGCAAACUGCACAGAGAAAGGGCAAAAUAUAAUAAAAUCAACAAAAAAAGAGUUCUACAUUUAAACCUAUACCAAAAAUAGAAAUAUUUCUAAAUGUCUUUUAUAUGUAAAAAUCAAGCUAUAAUUAAAUUAGAUCAGUGUUUUCAGUUGUUGUCAAUGAUUAUGAAUCUGGCUGAAACAAAAACCUGUAGCCACAGUGGGCCCCCAGGACCGAAUUUGAAAACCUCUGGUCUAGGUCUGCCAGAACUUCUAUCUUUGUUACUGCAGAGGGCACUGUUGUACAUAGUUUACAUCCGAUCUCCAGUGUCAAGCGUUUUGGCAGUUUUUAUUGGCUACAAAUAAAAAAAAAAAAAAAAAAAAAGUCUUACUUUUAAUUAAGAUUUUCAGGGUAAUUGAAAUACUUUUCCCAGAACAAUAAAUCCUUUAGUAUGUUUCCAAAGAUGAUUCCAUUUGACUUGGCCCAAUUUUGAUUUGUCUUUACAUGCAUAAUAUAAUUUGUAAUGAUGAUCUCCAACAUGAAUGUUUUUAUGGGUUUUUCAGAUGCCUUGUUCCACUUUACUCUGUUAAAAACAUUCUCUUAAUCCUUAAAGUAUGCUCUGUGAGCAGGUCUUCUUUGAACUCCUAUUUCCAGCACAAAAUCUUCUAUUAUAGCUAUUCUUUCACUUGUUCAGCAGUUCUUUUAUCCAAAUAACUUUCUAUCUCUUAAACAGUUUGUCUUCCUUUAUUUUUUUGCAGCAACUUAAACAUUUGAAGAAUGUAAAAUAAAACAGAUCAUUCUGAUUGUGUAAUGUGUUAUAGUAAAUCAUUGUUGUAAUAUAGUUUAUGUUUAUCUUCAGUUUUAUGUAUUCAUAUGUAAAUGUUGUAUAUUGUGUCUUGUAAACGCUUUUUCUAUUCUUGAUUUUUGACAUUUCUUUGUUACUUUACAUUGAAAAUUUAAAAUAUAUUAUCAAGAUCAGUAAUAUGAACUCCAGUUGUAAUGUAUUGUGUGUGUUUAUAUUAUAAGGUUGUUAGAAAUGUACAAGAGUGUUAAGACGUUUGGAAGGUAUUGUGUGUGUGUGUGUGUGUAUAUAUAAUAUAUAUAAUCAUUCCAAUCUUUCUAUGUAUUUGUUUGUUCUUAUGCACAUGUCAUGUAAAUUGACAUAGAGAUAUGUUUCUAAUUUUGUAUUAAAGAAUGUUUGUUUUAAAAUGCAUUUAAUACAUUUCCAUGACAACUUUAUCUCCCCUUAAUCUGUAAAGAAACAGAUCCUCUCUCAAUACUAACAAGUACAAGAUAAAAGCUUUCACAAAGCAGGAUUUGUAUUCUUCUCCAUGUCAUGUGCACUGUGCUAAGGUGACUUUUACUAGCAAAAUGUUUUUUAAAAUUAAGCACAGAAAAGGAUUAUAUCUUUGAUAAACAAUUUGGUUAUAGCAAGUGCAAAGAAGAAUACUUCUAUUUACUGGUACAUUCAUGAACUAGUAUUAUAUAUUUGUUGGUUUCUGUCCAUUUGAAGAAGGUGUACAUCUUGAAGUGAUUCUGUAGGUGUAUACUGUGAAAAUUGAAUAUUUAUGGUGCCAUUAUUGUGUUACAAAUUGCAUCAAAAACCAAGUACUUUAAAUUAUUCCUUUUACUUCGUAUAGACAAUUGCAACAAUCUGUGUGUUGCUGUGUUUACAGAACUUAUUUGCAUGAUGUGCUGUCCUAAGAAGAUAAUGUUUAAUAUAAUGAAGUCUCCAUGUUUCUAAUGAUGUUUCAUAAUUCUGCUUUUUUCCCCCCACAGUCUUUUGCAAGGCAUUGUAGCACCAUGCAAAAUGAAACUGUUAAAGAUUUGGAUUUCACUGAUUUCUGAAAAGGCAUGUUAUAUUUUGCACAUUUUGUCCCUUUUCUAAAUUUGUAAUUUAUACUAGAGUAUUCCUACUCUUUGUGUGUAUAUUAAAUAACUUUGCUUCAUGCCAUUAUAAAACAUAUAUUUUUUGCCUCCAUUAAAAACCUUAACCAGUCAAGUUUGCAUGGUAUUGCUAGCAAAUUGUGCACAAUCUGGCAGGACAUGCUCAAUAAGUGAUAUGUUAAGAUCUGCAUGAAUCUCAAGUCUUUGUUAAAUUAUUUAAAAUCACAUAUUAGAGUAGAUCCUUGUGACUUAAUAUUUCAAAUAUUUGCUUAAAAUUUAUGCAAACAUUAGAAUGUUGUCAAGUGCUAUGUUGGUUUAUAAUCGGUUUGUACAAAUAUUUAUAAUUAAAUGGUUUCUAUUGGAGUAAUACAUAACAUCAAAUUUGUUAACUUCCAAGGUAAUGUGUGAAUUCUGUUAUUCUGAUAUGGUAGAGAUUCAUGAUGAUUUAAUACUUGGAUUUUAUCUCGUUAAGUCCUAUUUUAUUUCAAAUUGAGGGCUGUCCUAUUUGGGGAAAAAAAAUUAAAAGUUCUGGGUCUAAGUAUACAGUAUGUUAUUGUAACUGAAUUCAUUUCUACCAUAAAUGGCACAAGUAGAUGUAACACUUGAAGACUUGCUUUUGUAAAUUCAUAUCAGUAUGUUUGUCAUGAAAUCCAGUAUGCAGUUUUUACUCUUGCUAAUUUUAAUCAGAAUGCCAAUUUUGUAUUAAGUGUUGUUUUUUCUCAAAUCAAAUAGGUUUAGUUUAUUCAAUUAAUAACCAAAAAUAUUUGCAUAAGAUGAACCUAAUGCAUCAAAAUUGAUGUUCCAUUUGUAAAGAUAAUGGAAGGUAAAAGUGAUUUUAAUAAGGAGCAGUUGCAGUGAAUGCCAAUUGAAUAGUAGCUCAGAUUAUAAAAAAUGAGUUUAAGAGCUCAGAAAUUAAUAUAGAUUACAUAGCUAAUAAGUGACAUCCUGAGCUUCAGUCUUUUCUGUUUUCUUACCAUAGAGAUGUAUCACUGUUCUGAUGCUUUAUUUUAACAGCGCUAAGCUGGUCUGUAGUAAUUAUUCGAUAAUACAGAUAUUUAAGAUAUAAUAGCAUACAGUAUGGUGCCAUUUAUUCUGUUUAGUACUGAGUCACAUUUUUGUAUAGACAGAACAUUAAUUGUCUUUGUACCUCUGUAGCAUUGUGCUCAUUUUGUCUGGGUAUUUUUAGUGGAUUAAUCACACAUUUGUGAUAGUUUUUUUUUUCUUUUAAAAAUGGGACCAUGUACUGAUGUUUAACAGUAAAUAUUUGCUUGUGAAAUGGG